AUGGAGCACAAUCGCGGCCCAGGGCAUCGAAAGGUCACGUUGACGGCCUAUUCCCAAUUCUUGUGUCUCUGCAAUGGCGUUCUGAACCAUCCCAAGGCUCCAAAGAUCCCAGGUCUUGAAUCUUUCAAGGGCCAAAUGUUCCACGCGGCCCGUUGGAACUACGAUACUACUGGAGGCUCGCCGGCCGAGCAACAGCUGAAACGGCUUCAGGGGAAGAGGGUUGGCAUUCUAGGAACCGGCCCAACGGCAAUACAAGCCAUACCGAAGCUCGCUGAAGCCUCGGAAGAGCUCUACGUUUUCCAGCGAACACCAGCUUCUGUCGGCUAUCGGAACCAGCAACCGACCGACCCAGCUACAUGGGGGACACAGGUUGCAACCAAGCCAGGCUGGCAGUUGGAACUGCUCACGAGCUUCGAGCUGCUAUGCCAAGGAGAACUAGCCGAGCAUCGAUACCUGACCGACGGCUGGACGAAGCUGAAAACAUUUGCGGCCUUCACGGGCAGGUCAGACGCUCCCUUUCUGACGAAAGACAGAGUUCAAGAGCAUACCAACAACUUUAUCAAGCAGGACGCACCAUUCCAGGAGCGUAUACGCCACCGAGUGGACGAGGUAGUGCGCGAUCGCCAGACCGCGGAGGCUCUGAAGCCUUGGUUCCACACCUGGUGUAAGCGUCCUGGCUUCCACGACGAGUACCUCGAGACGUUCAACCGCCCCAACGUCCACCUUGUGGACAUAGCUGACACGAAAGGCGUCACUGGCGCAUCCCCCAAGGGCUUGGUGGUAGGUAAGCGAGAGAUCGAGCUGGAUGUGUUGGUUCUCAGCACCGGCUUUCGACCGUUUGUCAACCUUCAAGACCCGGAUCCGGGGGCGAAGUCCAACACAAUUAUCAUCGGGCGUGACUCAAUCCCCAUGGCGGAUAAGUGGGCAGCCAAGGGAGCCGCCACAUUGUUUGGCUCUAUGACACGCUCAUUUCCGAACCUUCUUCUGAGUGGCACAUCCCAGACGGCAAUAAGCUCAAACAACACGGGCCAUCUUGACGCGCUCGCUCGCCAUGCGGCUUACAUCAUCACCGAGUCUCUCAGACGAGCCGACGAUGCCAGUCGACUAGCCAUCGAGCCUAGCGAGGAGGCAGAAGAGUCUUGGGCGGCCGAAAUUCUCAAAUACGACCUAUUUUCCAGCCCCAUUGCUGUAUGUACACCGGGAUUCUUUAACUGUGAAGGAGAGGCUUUGAAGCCUGUAUCGGAGGAAGAAGAACUCAAGAGGCGACGUGGCGCCGCUUACCUGAAAGGACUUCCCGCAUUCCGGAAGAUUUUAGAUGACUGGAAGUCCGACGGGGAAAUGGCAGGGUUAGUUGCUAGGACCUGA